AUGUCGUGGCCGGGCGCAGACGACGCGCCCGGACAAGGAUUCGGCACGGGCGAUGGGUACCGGGCGGACCGGCCCACGGACGUCCGGAACAUGGGCACGUUUAGGGGGAAUCGUCUUGUUCGCAUGACGCCAGCACAGGCCGAGGAAGGACUCAAGCUGCUCAGCGUGCCCUUUGACAGGCUGCCACAGAUGCCGCUCGUGUCCCGGCCGUUUGGCUUCAGCCAGAUGUGGCAAAAGGGGAUGGUCGCAUCCACCCUAGUCCAGACCUCGUCUUACAUGAACCGCGUGCUGACGCCGGCUGAGGCGGACGCGCUUGCGCUGUACCGCAGCCAGAGACUGGUCCUGGGCGCCUACACCCUACCCCUCACGUUCACCGCGGCGGCCUACUUUACCUACAACAAACGCCGCGAAUACCGCUUCCCCUUCUUCUCAGCGACUACACUGAACCCGGAUGUCUUCCCGGCCCAGCGGUUGCCGAUCGUGCGCGGCGUGCAGGCGCAAUUACUGUGGCAUGCCCUACGGUUCACGGCCUACACGCUGACCUCGUACUUCGUUAUCCAACCGAUCAUGGCCUCAGUAGCCACGUCGUCAUACUUGGUCAAGGUGCUGAAUGACCCAAAACUCGAAGCUGUGAGAGAGUCCCUCACGCGCGCUGAAAAGGAGUCCCAUAAGCUGCCUUCCGAGGAGGAGGGCGUCUCGCCCGCCGUGAAUGAUCCCAUUUGGCCGCCACCGUCAUCAGAUGAACAACAACAACAACAACCACCGGAACCGGCAGCCCAAGUACCGCCGGCCGACGACCUCGGUAGCGACAAUUCGUCCAUAUUUGAUGACGCUUCGCCUGUGGCCCCAUCACACCAGAAGACGGCGCCGACGGCAUCACGCUCCCCAACGACCACUACUGGCUCGGCCUGGGACAGAAUUCGACAGCAAUCGGGGGUUAAGGGUAGCCAGGAGGACCCUUCUGGCGGGCAGCAGACUGCUGAUCAGUACACAUAUCGGAACCCAGACCAGGGCAAGACGACGUCACAAGAGCAGGCGCAGAAAGAGUUUGACGCCAUGCUGGAGAGGGAACGGCGCGGGCAGGGUGAUUCCGCACGGUAG